GACGCGAAUAAUCUUUCGCAUAAUCGGAAAAUCGCUGUCUCCAUUCAUGUACACUGGCGAGCUUUACGUUUCGCGAAGAUUCUUGAAGACAUCUUUUGCAUUGCUUUUGCAGUACAAAUGCUGAUAGUUGUUGUAACAUUGAGCAUUUCUCUGGUACAAGUUGCGUUACAGUACGGCGACAUUAAAGAAAUGUUUAGGUACCUAUCGUAUAUCUUUGGUCAAAUAUUACACACGUUUUGCUUCAGUCUGCAAGGUCAGAGAUUGAUCAAUCACAGCAUACAAUUGCGCGACAAAAUAUACAAUUCGUACUGGUAUAAAAUACCUGUGGAAUCACAAAAGCUGCUUCUGCACGUUAUGCGAAGGAGCAUGGAACCUUGUUUUUUGAGCGCUGGCAAGAUUUAUAUCUUCUCAUUGAAGAGUUUCACCACGGUUAUGCAGUCUUCGGUGUCGUAUUUUACCGUCCUUGCAUCCUUCUAAUAAUUAAUAGUCAAUAUAUUAUAUAAUUUGGAUAGUAUCUGUGC